AUGGCUCCUUCUGCAAUCGAAAAGAUCACUUCGACGGUGCCGUCCUUGUCUUCCAAUAGACUCCGGAUUCUCGUCCCUGAGAAGGUCUCUUCGGACGGUCUUGCCCUUUUUCAGGCCAAGUACGAGGUGGACAAUCGUACCGGGCUGUCCCCCGAAGAUCUCGUCGACGCCAUCCCCAACUAUCAUGCGCUGAUUGUGCGGUCCGAGACGAAGGUGAAUGCAGCUGUGCUUGCGGCUGGCAAAAAGCUCCGCGUCGUGGCACGAGCUGGUGUGGGCGUGGACAACAUCGACGUCGACGCAGCGACUAGCCAAGGCAUCAUUGUCGUCAACUCACCGUCUGGUAACAUCCUUGCGGCUGCCGAGCACACAAUCGCACUCCUCCUCGCCACGGCACGCAACGUCGGCCGUGCAGAUACCACGAUGAAGGAGGGGAAGUGGGAAAGGAGCAAGCUCGUUGGUGUCGAAGUUGGCAGCAAGACGCUCGGUAUCAUCGGGUUGGGUAAGGUGGGGAUGAAGGUUGCUCGAAUGGCCAUCGGUCUCGGUAUGACGGUGAAGGCGGUUGAUCCAUAUGCCAGCGCAGAGAUUGCCGGCCAAGCAAACGUUGAGCUUGUGCCCGAUCUCGAGGACCUGCUGCCAGUUGUGGACUUUCUGACCAUACACACUCCGCUGAUGGCAAGUACGCUGGAUCUGCUGAAGGAGAAUGAAUUCCAAAAGAUGAAGAGGACUGCUAGGGUCUUGAACGUUGCGCGAGGCGGUGUUUAUAACGAAGCUGCCCUUCUCCGUGCCUUGGAUGAGGGAUGGAUUGCCGGAGCUGGUCUCGAUGUCUUCACCUCGGAGCCCGUCAAAGUCGACUCGAUCGCCGCUCAACUAGCCCGACAUCCCCAGGUGGUGGCUACGCCGCACUUGGGCGCGUCAACGGUCGAGGCGCAGGAGAAUGUCUCGAUGGAUGUUUGUACGCAAGUGGCCGAGAUCCUCCGCGGCGGGCUACCAACGGCAGCCGUCAACGCGCCAUUGAUCAUGCCGGAGGAGUAUCGCAAGCUGCAGCCGUUUGUACGGCUCAUCGAGAAGAUGGGCGGUCUGUACACGCAGCAUUUCGUCGGCGGCAGGGGCGGCAUGGUGGGUGGUCGAAAGUUUGAGCUCAUCUACCAGGGCGACCUGGCCGGCACAUCCAACACACGACCGCUGUUUGCCGCGUUGGUGAAGGGUCUUGUCUCGUCCAUCAGCGACUCUGGCGGACGCGAUGUUAACAUUGUAAAUGCCAGCUUGACGGCCAGGCAAAAGGGUAUCAUCAUCAGCGAGACGCACAGUGGGGAGACCAAAGACGCUGCGUAUGCCAGCAUGGUGACGCUGCGAUCGCACGGUGAAGAUGGAGAGCAGGUCAUCGAGGGGUAUGUGUCGGGACAGAGUAUAUACAUCUCCAAGCUGGACCGGUUCAGCGCAACGUUCCAGCCGCAGGGGACCAUGCUGGUGCUGCACAACUACGACGAGCCGGGUAAGAUUGGCGGUGUAGGAAUGGUCCUGGGCCGGCAUGGGAUCAACAUCACCUUCAUGCAGGUGGCCAGCCUGGACGGAGAGGAAAAGAAGGCGGAGGGGGGUAAUGAGGCCCUCAUGAUUUUGGGUGUGAGAGGAGAAAUUGGCGGUGAAGUGGUGGGUGACUUGCAACAAGCUGAGGGCAUUUUGAACGUGAGCCUGGUGAGGCUGUGA